AAACAAAUUAUUAAUUUUAAUGUCGCGUGUGUGUGUACGUGUGCACGAACUUUGGUGCUACGGGGCCAUACCCGUUUGUGUGAAUUUACCCUUUUUACGACCGUUCGCGCACCAAAAUACGAUUGCGCACAGUUAUUUCGCAGUUCAGUUAAACUACCCGGAGUACGUGUUCGGCCCCAUUGAUGGUCGUGAUGAUGGUAAUGGUGGACUCCGGACGCCGCGUCGUGCACUUCCGUUGUGCAAGGGUUGUCGUACGUCGUUCCGAGCUCGUUUUCUCGCUCCGUACGUCAUCAUCACGGUUUCACGGCACACAGUUGGUUAAAAUCGCAUUUGUAGGUGGACAACACUUGCUUUCCAACAUUUGGUAAAUCUUGAUAAAUGUUACACAAUUAUCUCUACCGUAACACGCACCGUUCGAUUUGUUGUCGAAAAAAAAAUUGAUUUAUUUCAACGGCAAAGUGAUGUUGAAAACGAUGUUAGAGACGGAAUGAAUUCGCGCUAUUCACUUGUAUUUAUUGCGGUGAACAUUUAAUAUAAUAUCAGUUUUAUUUAACGAUAGCUGA